UAUAGAAAAAUGAAAUUCUACACAUUUUUCACUGAAAUAAUUUCCAUUUGAUAUUUUCUAUGGAAUUCUCCAACACUAUAAAAUUUUUCCGUGCGUGGAAUAAAUUUUCGUUUUAGAUCUUUUUUGGAAAAAUAUCCUGACAUCUGAGGGAGAUACAGAAAUUUGUGUGAAGGUUUUUUUUGUAGAGUGAACUGAGAUCUACAAAGCAAUCCUCAUUGUAAUUUCGCUGUUCCGCAGAUGCUGAGAUAUUCACAAAACACUGGCAUUCACCAUUUCACUACUGAAAUGUUCUUCCCUGUAUGUUUGAAAAUACCACAAAAUUACGGAAUGCGAAAAUUAUUUAUCACUUAAGGGGUUAUUCCCUUGUCCUAGAUAACCGAAGAUAAAUGUAUAUUGCACAUUAAUGUGAAAAAUAAAAUACCUCAAAAUGGUAAUAAUUUUUUGUCAGAAUAAAAUAAACCAAAAAUGAUAAAAUUGUCUGUCCCAUCAGUUCCAUUAUUUUUCAAUUUUCUUUUAUUUUUCUCGGUUUAUCCCCGUAUCUGGGUAUACAGAUAGGGGUAUUCCAUAGGGACUCCAGUGGCACGGAAACGCCUACUGUGGGCAGUAAUGCGGGAUCAUCCCGUCAGUUCAAAUGUACAUGUAGUGGAAUAAAUCUUGAAAAAUGCGACUUUUAGUUUUAUUCAUUUUUGCGGGAGAAUUUUGCGUACGUAAAGGAGAUUCUUGGAGAUUAGGGGAUCGAAAAGUCUGGCUUCCGGACUUGGAAUUCAUGACUAAGGGUAAUUGGAUUAGUGAUAAAGUGCCAACAAAAAAUAGUAGAAUUAAAUUUCCGUUGGAGAUUCAACAUUCCGUGGGCCUACCCUUGACUGGUGAUUUUGCUUUUUCGGGGAUUGAGUUGCCACACGAUGGCUCACUCCUUCUUCCUCUCAAUGGCGGCUUGCAGUUGACCGAACCCAAAGGGAAAGGUAAUAAGAAUAACAACCCUGAAAUAUUCGAGUGGAAGUGGAAGGGUCCGUUCUCGUGGGUCGAUCCGGAAAAUUGGAGUGGAUCAAAUAAAGCUGUUCCCCAUUUGGAGAAAAUUCCUUGCGGCAGAGACAUGGUCAUUCUGCCGAGUUACAAUCGCUCAUUGAGUAUCAAAUUACCCACCGUUGAUGUCAAUGUGAAGGAAGUUAAAAUUGGAAAGGGAGCCCCGUUGGAGUCGUGGGACUGGCAGGAGGUCAUGAGGGGGAGAGAAUUCACGAAUAGCCACUGGAGUGUCAAAUACAGCGGAUCGCCUUACUGUGACAAAUGUUUAUGUCGUCACAACACCAACAUUAACGACCUGAUGAACGAAAUCUGCGAAAUUGAGAGACCAAGAUGUUUGAGCCAAGAGAUUGCCUGUUCAUACCCAAUCGGAGUGGAGGGACAUUGUUGCUCUUACUGCGGCGGCCAACUCUCCCUGAGCGUUAAUCACGCGACCUUUCCACUGUCGAAAUUAAAUGAAAUUACAAAUGAGGCAUUGAAAAGCUAUGAUGAUAUAUCUCAUCAUGUCAGAGUGACGCUGAAUGAAAAUGUAGAAGUUCUCGUCACCGAGAAUGGCGUUUACACGGGGAUAAAAAGUGCCGAAGCCGUUGAUACACUUCAGAGAGUUUUUGCAGAAAGAGGAAUAAGCGUGUUGUCAUACGCAGUGACGGGAGCACCACUGAAGGGCUCUGCCCUUGCAACAGCUCUGGGCCCACUAUUCGGUAUUCCACUCGUGAUAAUUAUUCUCAUCCUCAUAGCCAUCCCAUCCUUCGGAUAUUCGUACAGAGAAGUGUAUUCCAUUUUUCGAGCAUCAAUUCGCGAGGGAAGUCUGCCACACGACGAUCCCGACAAAGAGGGAAAUUUCGGAUUCGCGAGGUUUGAGAAUAUACCAGAGGGUGAGGUGCAACUGGCAAGUGCAGUAAUACCAGAGGACGACAUGGACAGCGAUGACGAUGAUUACGAGGACGGAAAGAGAUUCGAGAACCCCUUGUACAGAUCAAAGAGGAAGGGGCCAGUUGAGAAGAUUAUUGACAUCGACGGACCUGUGAGCCUCGCCGAGCUAGCGGGGAAGGUCACUUCUCACGAGGAUGCUAAUAUUGAUUCUGAUUGAUAAACCUGCAUUGAAAACGUCGAUCACUCCACUUCUGCAUGCAACAAUGAAAUUAAUGCAGUUAUUUUUAACUGGCGGUAAUACAUUCAUGUUAUUUAACGAAAUUCCAACGUCCGACGAACGUUUCAGUCACGUGUAUGAACAAUGGGAGAUUGUUUCAAAGGGCUCACGCUUUACGGAAAUUUGAUCGAUUCAAUGAUAAUCGGAAUCGUUGAUCGGAACAGUUCCCCUAUCGUACUGACAUUGACAAUGUUUAAGACAAUACCCUUUAUUCCAGAUCUCUCAUUCAAAACAAGUGGACAAUGGCAUUUUGUUUUUGUUGCUAAUAAAUUAGCAAUUUUAUUUGCUUUCGAAUGCGU